AUGAGGGUCCCGUCUUCUCUUAUCAGUGGCCUACAGAGCCUCUCGCUUGUUGGCGUCCUUGGUCAGGCCGCUGUGGUAGGCGCUAACCCACUCCCGCCCAAGGCCGCAAGGGCGGUUGUCGCAGACGGUGUAGCGUCCCUCCAGGACGGAAGCGUUAAGGGCUUUACCGAUUCCAAUGGCAAUUCCGUCUUUCUUGGAAUCCCAUUUGCUGCAACUACCGGAGGACAGAACCGAUGGAAGGCUCCUCAAGAUGCAAGGAGACUGAAGAAGGGCGAGGUGCUCAAUGCCACAAAGUACGGGCCAACAUGCCCGCAAGCAAUCACCACCACGACGUGGUCCCAGCAAGGCGAGGAUUGCCUGAACCUCAACAUCUGGGCACCACCACCACCGCCAUCAGCAGAUGGCAGUUCUGGUCUUCCUGUCUUUGUGUACAUGUAUGGCGGCGCCAUGGUGACAGGAUCCAGCAGCAACCCCCAACUCGUCGGCAGCAAUUUUGCCAGCAAGGGUGUUAUCUUUGUUAGCUUUAACACACGUGAAAGCCUGUGGGCCUACCCUAAUUCGGCCGAACUGGCGGGAGGCAAUGAGUCGCAAAACUUUGGCAUCCUGGAUGUUGACAAGGCCUUGCAAUGGGUCCGUGACAACAUUGCCCAGUUUGGUGGCAACCCCGACCAUGUUGUCUUCGGAGGUCACUCCUCUGGCUCUGUACAGGUCGACCAUUACCUAUGGAACCACCCUGAUACUUGGCUUGCCGGUGCGGUUCAGAUGGCGGCCAACGCAAAGUCGGGUCCGGCUGUGGCACCUACCAACCAAGCCCUUGAUAUCGUCGCAAAGGAAGUCAACUGCCCUGUUGGUGCGGGUCAGCUUGACUGUCUCCGCAAGGUCGACAUGUACGCUUUCCAAACUGCUGGCUUCAACUCCACCUACAACACGUACUUUACUCCAGUGGUCGACGAGAAGACCCGCUACCAGGACUACGAGGCUCGCUUCGCAGCCGGCAAAUAUGCGUCUCAUGUUCCUCUCCUGACAGGUAACUCUGACAAGGAGGGAGCUGUGUUCAGUUUAGUUUAUGGUGGAGAGAACACCGACUUUUCCAAGUGGAUCAACACAUUCGAUGCCGAUGUUGCCAACAUCCCAGAUGAGGUCCUUUUGAAUGCAUACAACGCUGCAGACUUCAGCAGUGUCUCGGCAAUGAGCGGCGCCCAGUACGGCGACGCGCGCUUCUUCUGCCCCGUCGACUACCUCGUUGAUGUGCGUAGCCAGAAGCAGGAUACCUGGAUCUACCGCUUCUUUGGCGACUAUGCCAACAUCCUUCCUCUGCCCGUCUCCCCACCCACCCACGGUGCUGAGAUUCCAUUCUUCUUCGGCGGCAAUGAUGCCUUUACUGGUGUCGAGAACGUGAGCGCAGAGGAGCAGGCCCUCGCCGACUUCCAGAACGACUGGUUUGUAAACUUUAUCAAGAACCCCAAGGCCGGUCCUGGAUGGGCCAAGGCCUCUCCCAAGAGUGGUGCCAUUGGAAAGUUGGGCGUACCAGGAAACGAGCUCGAAAUCGAGGUUAGCAACACUGCUGAUUUCAACGCAAGGUGCCAGAGUGUGUAUAAGCCGUACUUGCCGUUGUAUCCUGUUGUCCAGAGCGUAUCUGGCAGCAACUAG